UUUAUUUAUUUUUUCUUGUAUAGCGGAAAAGACGUUUGUAGCUCAAUGUUUUAAUAUCGUAAAAACUUGGAUUUUGGUGGAGUGAAAUAGAUGCGUUACCAAAUCUUGCGUUUUAAAUAAAAAUAAAGCCGAAAAAAGCACUUACAGAAUUUAGGAAAACAACGUCUUUACCCUGGCGAUACACUUUAAAGACACCAAUUCCGAUUGAGCAUGUCAAUGAUUCGUAUUCCACCUUAUAGAUUUAGACUGGUAAGCAAAAUUGCAAAAACUCGUGGCACGCGGGGAUUCACUGAAAAGACAGCCCGUGCUGUAUCAGAUUUUAUUGAAGUUAAACACAAGGACACAUUGUUCAAAAAUAAAGAUGAUCACCUUAAUCAAGCCGUUUCUCACAUGAUGAAGAAUAUCGUAAUAGAAUCGUCAAAACAAGACGCUCGUUUUAAAGUCAAAGAUUUACAGUUAAUAGGAAGCAUGUACGAAGAGACGAAGAUUUUGGCACCAAAUGAGUUCGAUUUCUUCGCAGUGUUCGAUUAUGACAUCACUAGCGAUAGAGGAAUUAGUUUGGAAUCUGGAUGUAGACCAGGUUUCACCAAAAUCCGAGUAAACGAAAAUUCCAAACAGUGGUCUGACUGUUGCCAAGGAUUUUAUUUGUCUCCUCAUAAAUGCAUGAGAAUAUUUGAAACCCUUCUACCGUCACAUCUUGAAAAUAUUUCACCAAUCAUCACUCCAUCCGGAACAUUGUAUGGCUGGAAGAGAAGAAAGAGGACAUUUGACUUUGUUUGGAAGAAAAACGGCGACAGUAACAUGAAUAUUGCAGUCGACAUUAUGCCGGCUUUUCCUGUGAUCUACAAAGAUCUCCAUAAAACUUUACGUGAAGACUGCACAGACACUAGAAUGGACGAGAUAGGCCAUAAUCAAGUUUGCUACUUAAUUCCAAGGUCAUGCGAACAUCAUUACGAAGGCAAGUGUUGGCAUAAUUCUUUUGCACAUGCAGAAAGCGAAAUGAUUAGGAAAAUGGACAGUGGAAAAAAGAAAUGCCACCGUGUUCUUAAACUAUUGUUUACCAGCGAUCAAAUGGGCAAGUCUGAAUAUUUGACGUCUUAUGCACUCAAAUCGGCCAUCAUGUACAAAUCCAAGAAAGAUUUUGACCAUGAGCUUGAGUUCAUUCUUUUCAUUUUUAUUUACUUUGCCAAAUGCUUUGAUCAGACGUGCAUGCCAACCUAUUUCUUGACUAAAACCAACGUUUUGAAAAAUAUUCUUGAGCAUAGAACGCAUAAUAUUUGGGGAUCACACUUUCUUUGUGACACCCUUGUAAGGCGGCAACUAGUUGGAAACAUUGAAAAGUCUGAGCUCAGACGGCGUUAUCCAGCCUGGAAUUCGGCAAUAGUUUUAGAAUUUUGGCGCCGGAUGAUGAUUUUGCUAAUAGUUGUAUUUUCCACGACUGAGUCAUCAGAGAAUAUUGAAAAAGUCUUUGAACUGAUAAUCGAUACUCAUUCCAAUAGCAACUUUUAUUAUUUGGACCAACUCAGAAACAGAAAGUUGAAUUGGCUGCUCGCGGCGCCUCAGUAUGACGUGCUUAACAUAAGAGCGAAAUACCGGAGAGUGAUAAGUUCUCUUGACAUACCCAUUUAUACCGAAAUGACAAAUGAGUUGCAAAAAUAUAAAUUGUUGGACAUAGAUGCUUUAAACAGUUUAAUCAGAGAAUAUAAAUACACAUUCAAAGCAGGAAAUGAUCAGUUUGUCAAUUUGGAAGUCCGCAGAGACACCAACGUGUACAUACCUAACAGGACCUCGUGUAAAAGUGAGUACUUGUUACGCCAGCAAUAUACCGUUCGGUACUGAUCUGCUAAACACAGAUAAGAAUUAAAGCAUUAUAGAAACUGAUUGGAUUGUUAGCUAUAUAGUGAUGCAUCAAUCUUAUAGAAAAGACAGGAUCUUUACAAAAUGUAGACUGAAUCUUCAUUGAAAACCGUUAGUUUCAAAAAUUAAAAUCUCUCAAAUGGAAAUUGAGGGCACAUUCAAAGAUUACUGUCCGUAAAAACAAUAAGAAGUUCCGAUAUCAAAAUUAUAGGUCUCCAUUGUGUAUUCAUUAUAUCAGUAGCAUUUUUUCAUAGUCCUGGUUCACUAUGUGGUUCUGAUCGAAUAUAAGAGGCAAAGUGCUUUCUUUUGUUUUUUUUGUUUUUUUGUUUUUGUUUUUUGGUCUUGUUCUCGAUUUGGGCACAUUCAUAUAUUACUUUAACACUUCAAAGCAUAUUCUUUGAACAGACAGCAAAUCUCAAAUUGUAAAGGCGACAAUUUAAUGUGGAUCAGAGUCGUCCUAUACUAGUAUAUGU